AUGCCGCCAACUGUUGGAGACCGCCCCGCCAACCCAGACGUCUUGAUUGUGGAGGCCUGGGGGCAAGGAUUCAUGGUCGGAUCCCUCAUUCUCAUGAUUGCCAUCACUGUGGCCAACAUGAAGAGCGGCGUGCUCCUGCAUAAGGUGAUCGUGGCAGAGCUUGCCUUGGCCAUAGGACACGGAACCUUCAUCUUCUUCCAUAGACCCGCGUACGGCUGGUGUCUCUCGGUUACGGCGGUCGGCCUCAACAUGUCAUGGUCGCUACACAACCUAAUAUGUUGGAUGAAAAUUCGCGGUUUUUUCACCCCGUGGGGCACUCGAAUCUACUUGGUCAGCUUGCUGGUAGCUCAACCGUACUGGAUACUGGAGAUCUUUGCCAACUUCACGUUCUUCAAUUACGGGCAGACCUUGUUUGAAAAGUCUCGGCCGCUAGAGCCGCUGUUCCGAGACCCCUGGUGGAUUUUUACCACCUGCUUUCUCCUAUACACCAUUCGGCGAGGUUACAAGUGCUCUUUGACCCAGCUAGUCUUCAGUAGCCCUCGCUUCGGGAUCAUGCUGCUUUCCAUGGCUGCCUCGAUCGCCUUUACUAUUGUGGAUACAUGCGCGGUUCUUGGAGCAUACCAUCUGGAGUUUCCAACGGGGAUUGAACCUUUCUGGAAGUUAGGCUUUAUAUUUAAGUGCCUUAGUGACACUAUCAUCCUGGACGACUUCAAAACCACACUCGACCGAUUGCGGCACCAUCUCUUUCCAGAUUUGCUACAGUCGGAGGAGGGUGACUGUCAUGCACCCGAUCCGGAUUCACCACAGCUAAUGAGUCCUGCGCCUAACGCUUCUAUACAACGCCCCGUCCCAGUUCAAAAGCGCUACGGCAUUGCAGUGACCCAAGAGCACCCCGUUAUGGUAUUAUCCAGAUAG